ACGUGGCCUGAUUUCAUUUUGCUUCUUCUCCAUUAGCCAUCUCUCUCUCUCUCUCUCUCACCCUCUCCGUCGCUCUCUAUGGAAAAGAAACUCGUGCAGUACUCGGUGGUGGACGCAUUCACCGACACGGCCUUCAAGGGGAACCCGGCGGCGGUGUGUAUCUUGGAAGAAGAGAGGGACGAAGAGUGGCUGCAGGCGGUAGCCAGGGAGUUCAACUUCUCGCAGACCUGUUACCUGACCGGUGCCUCGAGCUCAGAACUCGCCGGCUCGGCCAACGGGGGAUCGAGCCUGAGGUUUCAGCUCAGGUGGUUCACUCCAGUUAAGGAGGUUGACCUCUGCGGUCAUGCGACGCUAGCUGCUGCGCACACUCUCUUCACAUCUGGGAUGGUAGAUUCUGACACCAUCGAGUUUAUGACAUUAUCCGGAAUUCUGACUGCCAAAAGGGUUCCCGAAACGAAGUCAUCCCACAUUUUGAAGAUAAAAGAUGGUGAUGUGCCCGGGAUAUGGAUUGAAUUGGAUUUUCCUGUAGUCCCGAUCGCUGAAGAUGAUGCCGAGCGGAUUUCAUGUGUCUCCAAAGUUCUCAAUGGCACUUCCAUUGUUGAAAUCAAGAAGACAGCAAAGGACGACUAUUUCGAUUUGUACAGCAGCAGCUGGCAUUGAGCUGAUUUUCAUUAGGAAGAGAGUAUUUAAUUCCUUCAUUUCUACUUUCUUUUGCUUAUUUUCGAAGAUUGUUAUCCCAUCAUGGA